AAGACACAGCCUCUCGUUAACUGCAUACAAGUUGUGUAUGCAUGCAUGCAUGCAUGCAUUCGCACCCUAACUGGAAUCUCUUACCGGUCGUUAGGUGCAAUGGACAGAGGCAAUGGAGGAGACGCUCUGGCAGAUCAUUGGACAGACGAAGCCAUCACUUGUCGACUGUAAGAAUCAAGGCCUAGUUGUGCGCUGUAAAGAAAAACUGGAUGUCAGAUAUCCUUAUCGAUUGGAAAGGACUUACGCCCUCGCGCUCUUUAUUGAAUCAUUCUUUCAUAGGGAACGCGGUAUCUCGACAGUUGGGCAACGUCCCAGUGCCGUUUCUCAUCAGACAUGCAGCUUUCCUGUAUCAGAACCAGUUGCAGGAUUUGCAUCGACUUGGAGAGCAGCAGGACUUUACUGCUCAGCUGCAUGGAACCUCCCGACCAAUGCAUUUCGGCGUUAUUGGGCCCGGAACCGUGAAAGCGUCGUUAGGUGGAAGUUUAGUAACACAUCAGCAACCAUCGCCGCUUUCUCAAUGGGCGCAAGGAGUGAAAGAAGGCCUAUCCACAGAGCCCCUGGUCAACGCGGGAUAUGGGCAACUGAGCGAGAAGGACCAGCGCUCGGUAGCCAAGAGGGAAGGAGGGACAUUUAGUGGCAUCCCCAACAACAACUCCAAUCCCAGCAUUAACCAAAUUUGUGAGGGAGCAUCAAAGGCACAGGCCAGCCCAUCGCUCUCGGGCAGCAUUUCGACGUUCCCUUCUUCAGCACGACCCGCCUCGAUGUCGUCUUCGGCUUCAACCAUUCGUCCUGUCCAGCCAUCCUCUCCAUCAUCUUCCUUACGAAACGCAGCUGUAGAUAACAAUGUGUAUAGUUCUGGGGUGUUGUCAAAUCGCGGACCAUCACAGCCUCGCUCAACGCGGGGAUCGCAACUUAUCAAUGCACAGGAACGGCGGCUCAAUAACCCAAUGACAAUGCUUCCUACGUCUCCAAGGGAUGAAAAUGCCAUGGCAGAAUCGAUUCGGAGAGUUGCGGAGCCUGCACAUCCGUUCCAUCAGGCUACCCUGUCUGCUUCUACGCGACUCAGUCAUCCAUCAACAUCAUCAGGCCACAGUGCGCGGAGUUCUCCAGGACGGUCGGCCACACAGGGAAAUCCAUCGAUAUUUCAGGAUCAGGAACGCUCCUCGACAGUGUCUUCAGUUUCGACGCCAUAUUCACAAAGCAACAGCACUUCGCAGAUCUUUGAGGAGACGUCGUUCUUUAAUCAAUUGUCGUCGAAUGAUUCUUUUUCACGGGGUCAACAACUUGGUGAGAAUACGAGCAGUGACAGACAUGGCGCCUUUCAGCAAUCAUCUUUUACACAGAUGCAGGGCGUAUAUGGGUUGGGGUUCAUGGAUCAGACUCCUUUCUACUCUCAGACAAACCACCAUCAUCAUAACGAUGAUGAUGACGACGAAACCGAAGACGAGCACACGGAUAGGGAAGGCGACAGCGCAAGUCAGGAUGAAUCCGGACCGUUGAGUGAACAGAUCAAGCAGCUUCAUUUGGAGGACGUAUUAGCGUUUCUCCCUAGCACCGGCGCCUCGACAUCGGGCAUCCUUCAGAAACCAACAAACGAUGGAUAUCAGCGGAGGACGGCCUCAGGAGAUAAGAUGCCUUUUCAGCUUGAUGAUGAACUGGCGAGUCUUGGUACUGGGGCUCUGGAAGAAAUUUUGGAUCACGGCGGAGGGGAUGAUGAUGACGAUCAUAGGGUAAGGGGCAUUCGAUUCAAGGAGACUGUGGGACCUAUUCGGAUGCGGAGUUUAGGUCAUGGCGAAUUCUCUUCGAAAAUAAGGACUAGCCCAGAGAGAUCAGGGGCCAGCUCUCGAAAGUCCAGCGCACAAAAUUCGGUUGGGUCUUCCUUUAGCGACCUUUCUGAUUCCUCGGUCACGCAGUCGGCGAUGGAAGACGCGUACUUGUCAGGAUACAACAACUCAAAAAUAUCCUUGUUCAUGCAUGCCUCAACGAGGAACUAGUGUGCCACCCCAUAUUGUCUUGUAUCGCGUUCUGUACACAUUUCGUGCAUGUACCUAAAAUAACAAGCCCUUUAACAAAUGACAUGGAUUUUAUGCCAGCCUCCAUAACUGCAAACACAGCAACA